UUAAUAACAUUAGGGAAACAUGUCAAAAAUCAUGUUAUAAAAUUAAAAAAAAAGAAAAAUGAAAAAAUUACAUCAGCUGGCUAUGAAAAGUGGCAUAUUAUUUUAGACACCAAAUUUUAAUGACAAUGUAAUACACUUUUUGGUUGUUCCUAAAUUCAUAGUAAGUUAUUAGCAUACACAAAAUAUAAAAAGAAAUCAAAUUAAAAAUGCUAGAUCAAGUAUUAAAGUACAACAGGAAGAAUCAAAGAAUUGCCUUUUGGCUUUUCACAAAGCGAACAUAUGCAGACUGCGGAGGAAGUUCCACUAAGAAAGGUUUGGUAGUUGGAGCAUAUGAUGGAUGUAGCCCUGGUGAACUUAAAUUGACGCCAACAGCUUUGAAAAUUGAUGAAGAGACAGGAGGGAAAUUGAGAGCACUCUUGAAAGGUGACAUGACUAUAAAAAAAGGCACAGCUCAGGUUUACUCCAACAUUCAUCCAGAGUUAUACUCCAUCGCUGUAGCCGGUCUGGGCCAAGAAGGCAUAGGUUUAACUGAAAGUGAAAAUCUUGAUGAAUGCAAAGAAAACAUCCGUUGGGCUGCUGGUGUCGGUGCAAGAGCUUUGCAUGAAACAGGUCUGGGCACUAUAUUUGUUGAAGGAUUCACAAAUACGGAGUCAGCAGCUGAAGGCGCUAUUUUGGGAACAUGGCAAUACCAAGAACUAAAAAACAGGGACCACCAAUAUAUCAAUGCAAAAAUAGAAAUGUUCGAAGAUCAAGACAGGGAAGGAUGGGCACGUGGAGCGUUAAGAGCCGAUUGUCAAAACGUCGCGAGAAAACUUGAAGAAACUCCAGCCAAUUUGAUGACUCCCAUUUUGUUUUCACAACACGCGCUAGAUUUGCUGUGUGCUUGUGGGAUUCAAGUAGAAGUAAGGGACAGAGAUUGGCUGGAGCAAAAAAAAUUCAAUGCUUUUCUCACACUCGCCAAGGGCUCCUGCGAAGAACCUCUUUUACUUGAAAUCGGCUAUUGCGGUGGACAGCCGGAUGACAAACCUAUCGUUUUCAUCGGCAAAGGCAUCACCUUUGACAGUGGUGGCCUCUGCUUGAAAAAGUGCGAGGGAAUGUCUGAGUACCGAGGAGAUUUAGCAGGAGCUGCAGUAAUCGUAGGCGUCCUUAAAUGUAUCGCUUCAAUGGCUUUGCCCAUAAACGUCCGAGCUCUAAUACCGCUUUGUGAGAACCAACCUGGUGGUAUGGCCAUUAAACCUGGCGAUGUCGUGGUUGGACUCAACGGUAAAACAAUCGUUGUUGAGGACACUGACAAUGAAGGACGAAUAAUCAUGGUAGAUCCUCUUGUCUAUUCGAAUACACUUUAUCCCUGCAUGGUCACUUCAAUCGCGACCCUAACACCUGGAGUCCGCUGGGGACUUGGGUCUGGAUGCUCUGCAGUAUUUACAAACUCUAAUCCUAUUUGGAGAGAGAUUAAUCGAGCUGGUGCAGAGACGGGUGAUAGAGUUUGGAGGUUCCCGUUCUGGAAAUACUACACCAAAAAAAUUACAUCUUAUACCGGAGUUGAUGUCCAUAAUGUAGGGAAAGGAACAGGGGCCGCUCCUUGUCUUGGAGCAGCAUUUAUAAGGGAAUUUGCUCCUCCUGGUAUUGACUUGAUGCAUCUAGACAUAACAGGUACUGGUUUGCUAUCUACCGGUUAUGGUCAUCCUUACCUUAGAAAAGGACUUAUGACUGGUCGCCCGGUUAGAACAAUUGCCCAGUUCUUAUAUCAAAUAGCUUGUCCUCAUGAUAGAGGUGAUGAGUGUUAAUUUAAUAAUUGUGUUGAUGUCCCUCCAUAAAGUCUUUGUGAAUCGUCUUUUUUAAAAUAUACUGUCUCAAAUUUA